UCAGCCGGGCCGGCGCGGAGCUGAGCGCCGCCGCCCCGCGACCCGCCCUCCCCCCCGCCGCCAACAAAAGCCCCCGAGCGGCCACCGGCCCCAGCGCCCUCCCGGCCCCGCUGUCACCCUGCCCGACCCGGCCGCAGGAUGCCAAACUGGGGAGGCGGAAAGAAGUGUGGCGUCUGCCAGAAGGCAGUGUACUUCGCCGAGGAGGUACAAUGUGAAGGCAGCAGCUUCCACAAGUCCUGCUUCUUGUGCAUGGUCUGUAAGAAGAACUUGGACAGCACCACUGUCGCUGUGCAUGGAGAGGAGAUCUACUGCAAGUCCUGCUACGGCAAGAAGUACGGCCCCAAGGGCUACGGGUACGGGCAGGGAGCAGGGACCCUGAGCACCGACAAGGGCGAGUCUCUGGGAAUCAAAUACGAAGAGGGCCAGCCCCACCGACCCACCAACCCCAAUGCCUCCAGAAUGGCCCAGAAGGUCGGAGGCGCUGAUGGAUGCCCUCGCUGCGGCCGGGCGGUGUAUGCAGCCGAGAAGGUGAUUGGAGCUGGAAAGUCCUGGCACAAGUCCUGCUUCCGCUGUGCCAAGUGCGGCAAAAGCCUGGAGUCCACCACCCUGGCAGACAAAGACGGGGAGAUCUACUGCAAAGGUUGCUACGCCAAGAACUUCGGUCCCAAGGGCUUUGGCUUUGGGCAAGGUGCCGGGGCGCUCGUCCACUCACAGUGAGGCAGCCAGAGCAGGCUCUCCGCUCGCUCCGGGCUCAUCCGUACCAGCCUGUGCUGCCGACCCCUCCCGCACCCGCAGGAGCAUCCUCGCCGUCAUUGAUAACCACGCGCUGCUUCACAGCACGAGCCCCUUCCUCCCCGCCCUGACCCAGUGCACCCCGGAACCAUGGGAGUCCCAGCAGCGUCCCCAUGGGUUCCUGCCAGCGCAGGUGCCAGCGGGGAGACAGCUCACCCCCCGCCGCGAGGCCUGUGUGCCUGACACGUCCUGCUCCGCGUUGCCCAUCCCGGCGGGAUGCGUGCUCAGCCGUGCCACGCCGUGUCACUGAACGAGCAAUAAACAUCGAAGCUGACCCACA